AUGCCAAAGUGUCCAAAGUGCCAAAAGGAGGUAUAUUUUGGUAAGUACACUGCUAAUACCCUCAUUGAGACACUUUGAAUAAAAGGCAUUAGAAGCAUGAUUAAAUAUAUCGUUUUGCUGCGAAUGAGCGAAACACUAUAGUCGCGCCACGUGGAGAAGCAAAUCGAGAUUUAAUUUCAUUUUGCGUGCCUUACAAGCUGCUCUAAAUUCAGGCUUCGUUUGGCGCAAACUGGGUGCUUUUAGCGAGGUAACUGAAAGUGUAAUUUGUGAGGCGAAGACACGUGAAGCUUAAGACUAAGCCUACUAAUGCUUGGCUGGUUAUUGAGUUGAAAUAAUAGGAAAUAUUCCGCUAUUCGUCUCAGAUUUUCUAGCAAAAAAUUCGAAGUUGAAUUUGCAAAUAAAUAUUCCGGAGAUAAUAUAUCGAAUUUAAUUAACCUGCAGCGUCGUAAGUGAGUAGUCGGAGAUGAUAGCUUGACUGAUGACCUUCUUAAACAUCCAUUGCUAUGCAAGCGCGUUGUACUAGAUUACGAGAGAGUCAGUUUUUCUAGGUCGACCAUCUCCAAGUCAAGUGCUUGUCAUUUGUAAUAUUUCACUUUGUUUCAGCCGAGAAGGUCACUUCUUUGGGCAAAGAUUGGCACAGACCCUGUCUUCGAUGCGAAAAAUGCAACAAGACGCUUUCCUCAGGGAGUCACGCGGAGGUAGGAUCCGUCCUGAAAAACUGUUGGACAGACGUUUAGUUUUCCUCUCUUUUCUUAAAAGAUUUGAAAUGACUUUGUGAAGUGAGCUGAGACUGGUAUUUAGAGAAUGAAUUAAGAAUACAUCAAAAUUAUUGACAUCAGGAACACAGAUUAUGCUGGAAAAUUAAUCCGCUGGCUUCGCUGUACUACUUGAAGAAAAGGAAAAUACCAAGAAGCUGCAGGGAAAAAUUCAUGUUUUUAAAAUUGUUUAAUUCGUCAGGUGUUCUACGUUGAAGAAAAAAAUAGUGAAAAAGUGCUGUCUUUCCUCUAAAAUAUUUGUUUUCAUUUGUAGCCCUGAGCGUCAAUGGUAACCAAACACACUCCAGCAAGUUUGACCUCCUUUUCAAAAAAGACAAUAUAAGGGUGACAAAGCCAAGUUUUCAUUCACAUGACGUCUUAGAAAUUUUUAACGGUAUAUUGUUCCAAAACAAAAAACGACAAUAACGCUGUCGUAAGGUUAAUUGCUGUGUCUCUAGAACCAACUCUGUACAAAUAUUCUUGAAUAUUUUAGAAUGAAAUCGGCAAACAAACAGCCGGCUGAACAGGGCGCCCCACAAAUUAUAAUUUCAGUAGAAUUUCUUCACAACGGAGGCAUUUUCGUCUAGAAAAGUCUUUCUAUCUAUCUAUCUACCAUUAUUUGCAUCCAUGACAAUAACAUAUUAUCUCCUUUAAACUAUUGUAGCAUCGUAGUUUAGUUCGGCAUGGACCCCGAGUUUCCGAAAUUAGUUCAACUACAACAUUCGGUACAUACUAGGUUGUAACUUAAUUCGAGGGUUAAGGAGUACUUCAGUUUUAAGCCCUUCUCGAUACUGUUCGUGAAAUGCUAUGACAACUUGUCUCCUAAAAUUCUUAAAAUUUCUAAAAUUGAAAUCGGAAGACAAAAAAUUAAGGAGGUUAUUUCUAUCUUAUUUUAACGGCCGAUCGAUAGCACUGACAGUCGUCUAAAUCUGGACUAGCCUAGAGACAAUAGUUAGAAAGCUGUUUUGUCCCAGGACUCAUCCGCAAGGUAUGGCGAGAAGACCCUGGGGACGAGGCUUUUACUCUUGUUUUGAGAAAGAGGCUAGGUGCAAAUGGCCAAAUUAAACCUGGCAUGGCAAGUCAUCUAAACAAUAAAACCAUCUGCUCAGCCGCGAGCAGAAUCAGUUCGUUAUUGAAACACUUGCGUACUGUCAUUCAGCAAGGGUCCAAGUGAUUAACCACUUCAUUCAAGUUUUGCUCCGUUUAUAUAAAAGCUUCCUUAAAAUGUCUCGUUAUUUAAGAGGAAGUCUACAAAGUUUCAACUUGAUUUUAAGUUCAAGCCUUGUCCUAAACCAUUAGUAAGUGCAAGAUGUUGUUUGCGCAUGCCUUCUUUUUUAAAACCGUCUUUUGGUUUUAGCUCUUUUGGUCACUUGUUCGGCGAAACGGCGGAAUGACCACGGAUGAAGCCCCUGAUGAAGCCGAGGAAAACGGAGACGAGAAUGCUGGGGUGACAUUCGCGUUUGCGUUUAGUAUUUGCAGGUCGGCGAGUAGAGGACCAAAUACAACAAGUUUGUUUUAACCAGUUUAUCCUUUCCAAAACUCCUAACCAACAAGACCGCAUAGCAAUACGGUGAAUUUCAUGUAAAAACUUUACCAAACUCAGACAUGAAGGAACUCUUUGACGUUCAUACCCAUUCUACGGCACUGACAAUGGAGACUUUAUGACCGAAUUACAAAAGACUGACAGAAAGAUCUUACUGUUCUGUGUUCGCGUGGUAACGGCUGUAUAAGAUACAGAUUUAGCCAAGGCUAAAAUCGAAGCUUUCGUGUUCUGAAGUAAAGUUUCAGUCUGAUCUGAGCCCGCGAUUACUUGAAUUACAGUCAACUCUACUUGGUGCACGGAAAAGUGGUCGCUUACGGGAGAUGGUGGCUGGGGUGUCUAGAAAACACAGACCUUGAAAACGCAGACCGCGCUUGAAGGAAUUUGGGGGCAAGAGAGAACGGGCGCGCGGACGUGUCUCCCUCGCGCGCUUCGUUCUUUCCUGCAACCAUUACUUCCAAGCACCUGCUACGCUAGUCUGAAAUUUCAUACGUCUCCACCCCCUUAUCCGUGGGGGGGCCACGGAUUAUGGGGUGGUGAUGUAUGACAUUUCAGACUAGUCGCUUAUGGGUAAACGUGGCAAAAUAAGCUCAAACUUAGUUGAUUAACGUAAUUAGAUAAAGAUAAUACCUUAUAAGCUAAAAUUAGGCUAAUAGGCAACGUUUUGUCCGCCUGAAACCAAGAGAGGAUAAAGGGGACAGAGAAGGCAUCCUCCAUACACACCCUAUUCCAUAGGUAAUUCAUCUCGAGUUAUUUUUAAGACCACAGAUCCCAAGGGGGAUUAGACAACAGCCAAUCACAUAGCGCGAAUGUGUUCCGCGUGGAUGACCCACGCUCAGUGCCACACGUCCUUCACGAAUUGAGGCAGAAAUAAAUGGCGGAAGAUGCGGAGAGCAAUAUUGCUUUUCGUUUUGUCGACGAAAACGACUAAAGAGAGAUUUCUGCUACGAGAGAAUUUUUGAAAUAGUAUUUGAGUUUGAAACAAAACCGGUUAUUUACAAUGUCGCCUCUUACAAGAGGUGGUCGCUUACGAGAAGUGGUCGCUAUGAGAGAGAGCUGACGGUACCAUAAUUAACUGGUCAGCGGAGACCGCUAUUUUCGGCCAUUAUCAACCUCUAAAUUCUUUUAUUUCAGCAUGGUGGCAAGCCGUACUGCCAUAACCCUUGUUACUCUGCAAUGUUUGGACCCGGAGGUUUUGGUCGCGGUGGAGCAGAAUCCCACAGAUAUUAA